AUGGAGCUUCUCCGUUUUCCUGCUGCGCCUUUCAGACCGUACGCGUACGGCACGAGCUUCUGAAAAACUUUUGGAAAAUUGUGUCCAAUUUGAGAGCAAGUCAGACGAAUUUCGUGGCAAGACCCAUUACUGGAGUAAUUUAAUGUUUACACUGAACUGUUGCGAAGGCAUUGGUCGGUUGGCAACACGACGAAAAGAUGACAUCUUCUCCGCGCCGAGAAAGGUCAUAAACGGAGCGAUGGCAGGUCGUCUUCAGAAGAAACGGGCACGGACGGACGGAUAAUAAAUACUUUAUGGGCGUGUCAUUGGACUUUAAAGGGAAACCAUCUGUCAAUUGGCGAGCGGCACCAAGAAACAACAUUGAAAACCGGGUGGGGGCGAACAUAAUUAUCGUCUUAUUUGUGUUUGCGCAAUACAUUUUAGGCGGGAUUUUGGGUAGGAAAGUGGGGGGGGUCUAUUUGAAUGUCAACAUAAGUAAUGGAGAGAGAACUUUCAAACUAUGGGGUGCAUUUUGCAGCGAAAAGGAGAAAAAAGCUGUGAUAAAGAAAAAGGAAAGCGAACAUUUCCUAUUAUUGACCUACGGGACAAGAACAUUGUGUGGACGACAAAAAGCAAACAGACCGUUCUUUUUUAGGAGUGAACAAGCCUUUUCUCUCCUUUUUUUGAUGAAAAGGAGAGCGAGAAGAAACAGUACUCUUCAACAACGAAUGAAAUUCGAAAAUGGAUGUACUAGUCCCCUACUUUGUGGCUAGAAAGAAACGAAGAAAAGAAGAAGACAAAUUACAUUUCGACUACCGCCCCGGCACGACUACGGACGACGAAAUCGAACGCAAUGAGAUUAGCCCUCGCUAACUUCAGGCAGCUACUCGCUUAAAUUGUAAUGGAACGAGCCGAUUCUCCUGGCGGGCAGGACGACUACAUCCAUAAUUGAUGUGUAUCUCCAUCCCCAUUCUUCCCAUUUUUUUUUCGAUUCGUCGCGUCCAACCACCAAAAAAGGGUUUGAUCUCGGGCGGGCUCGAACCGCCGGCCUUCUGUGUGUUAGACAGAUGUGAUAACCACUACACCACACAGGUGAAACGCGGUUGAUCAAUUAUACAAUUGAGCCAAUUGUAGACAAAUUAUCAACAAAUCGCGAACGGGAUGAGAAGCAGAGUGGCGCACAACACAGUGUAUAAUAAAGAAAUCGCGCUUGUUCGCGAUUGAUGUAUAAUUAGUGAAUUAUUGACAAGUUCGCGAACGUGGGUGCACAAUCGACAAAUCGGCGAACGGGCUGGUCACUCCGAGUUUUGCUUUUGCAUUCAAACAUUUGCGAUUUUUUCAUAUUUUCGUUGGUUUUUAUUGCAAUUUCGCAUGCUUUUAUGUAAUUAAACCAAAGUAGAGCAUACAGGUUUCGCAUUUCAAUUCGUUAUGGUUCAUUGCCACGACUAAUACUUCCAGAAACAGACAGCCGCAGGUGAGAAAAUGGAUUUUUGAUUCAAUUGCAUCAGAAAAAAGAUUUCAGAUAAUGCGAACGAAUUUAGAAAAAGAGAAUAACUGGAAGUUAUUAAUGCCGACCAAGAUUUAAAAAAGUGAUUCGAGUGUGCCGGGCGCAGAGUUCGAACAGUGUCAGACGGCCUAUUCCUCGCAAAAACGAACAACGUGGUCGUUGGACGGUGAGAUUCAGAAGGAUACAAAGAAAAUCAAUCAUUCAAUUUCAGUCAAUGUUCGUCUUCGAAUAGUGUGUGGGAAGAAAACGAUGGCGUUUCGAAAAGGAAAGAAAAGAUGAACACAUUCAGCAUGAGGACGGAGUCGCAGAAGUAAUCGCCGACUGUUACGUGAUUUUAUACUCAAUUCUUUUUUUUUCGAUUUUUUCUUUCACUUCUUCUUUUGUCUCUAACAUUGCAUUCUGUUAUUUUGUUACUUUUUUCGUUUAAUAAAGUUAUCUCGUCUAAAGUGCGAUUUGUGAAAAAUUGGCUUGUUAUACAAUGGGCGAUUUGUGCAGGAUUUGUCAAUUAUACAAUGCCCGUUCGCGAUUUGUCAGUUAUUAAUCAACAAUUCGCUUCAUCGCGUGUACCUGGAGAAAAAAUCUGGGAUAAAUCGCUAACCAAUUCCACACUUUUCGCGAUUCACCUGUGCACGAGAUCGCCGGUCAACCUGCGCUCCCGAGUACGUAGAGGUGCGCGCUGUUUUAGUUAAAACUUGACCCCCUAAAACACGUUCUCCCGUGUUUCAUAAAUUUCAGAAAGGAAAAGUAUGGCAAUAUUGUUAAUGGAAAACGAAAACCACCCACAAUUGAAUGGGAGAAGAGAAGAGAGAAGAAGAAAGAAAGUAAAAGCGCAAAUAAAGACGUUUUUAUGUGAUAGUAACAUAUAAAACGCCCAAGCUUCACACAUUUUUCACCCAUUUUUCUACUGAAUAGAAAAAGCGAAUAACAAAAUAGUUUAGGAGGAAAUUCGAGAAAGAAGCGAAGGAAAUGGAGGAGGAAGAGGAAGACAACAAAAAAGCAAUAGCCAGUGAAAAGUGGAAAAGAUUGUCACAACAGAUACGCGUCGAGAAACUAAACAAAACAAUUGUUGCGGGGGGUUCGGCUCUCUUGCGGCGCCAACGCAAAACGAUUUGAUCUCUGGCGGGCUCGAACCGCCGGCCUUCUGUGUGUUAGACACAUGUGAAAAACACUUAUAAGAGCCAUGGAGCGCGGGGAGGAGCAUUGUAAUUCAUAGCUUUCAAAGUCAGAAGCCACUAAUAAUCUUUCCGCGGAACACUUUUGUUUUGGCCGUACCAGCCGAGGAAAAAACAAUAGAAACGUCGAGAAGACAGACGAGUGGACACUGGCUAAACGGCUCCUCAAUAAUGGGCAAGAAAGCUUUCGGAAGAGAAAACGGGCAGAAGGUUUUGCUCUUUUCGCCUCCUCUCUCGUGCGUAAACUUUGCGGGCGGUCCGCGUCCGUCCGCCCGUCAAAAGGAGCCAAAUUAGUGUGUGAGCAUGCAUUCCGCGGACUGCACUUCCGAAAAUGUGUACUUCUUUCGAAAAUGUGUACUUUACCAAAUAAAUUUCUACAAAAUCGGUACACACACGCAUUUUGUUCAAAUUGUUCGAAAUUAGUAUUUAUUACGCAAAAAUUGAGCUUCCGACAAAAAAUUACGAUAAAAAAUUUCGAGUUUGGUGCUGCGCUUUUAUCAUCGUACUAAAGACGCAACGCGUAGUGUUUUUAACAAAAAAACACAAAGAAAAUAUCAAAAAUGCCGGAUUUUACAGGAAAAAUCAGUAAAAUCGCGUAACAAAACCGCACGCUCACGUACGGUAUUAUUUAAAGGCGCAUGCCCAAAUUUAAACAUUUUCGUUCGUUGCGAGCAGUGUGUCUUUUCGAUAAUCACGAAAAUCGCUUCUUUUUCGAUACGGCACACUGGUUGCGGGACCAGAGAAUAGAAAUAAAGAAAAGAUUUGCUCGAGUGACUGAAAAAGGACUUCUUCUGGCUCUCUUUUUCUCAGAAGCACUCACACGAAAUGAAAUGGAAAUGUGACAGAGACGUCUCGUGUGCGGGUGACAUUCCGAGUAACUAAAAGAUAAUUCUCAGGAGAUUCACGCGCAAAAAGUGUUGUUUUGAGAGGGGCGAAGUGUGCAUUUGACACAUCCGGUUUGACGGGCUAAUUCGAUCGGAAAAUUAGAAUUCAAGAGUCCGGAGAGUUGAGGGAAAGCGAGAAAGAGAAAGAGAGAGCUGGAGCAUCAUUACACUCUCGAACAAUUUUAUUGUUUUUGAUAGGAUUCACGGCAUUUCACGGCGACGCGCAUGAAUAUAAUAGCGUUGUACACUUUUCGCCGAUGAUGACGACGAGGAGGGGACGGCAAAAAAGAGGAACGUCUUCUCGGGCGGAAAUUGGAUUGGCGUCGCUUUUUGACACUUUUGGAAAUUGGAAUUCGAAUGGGUUUGCAUUUUUAUGAACUAAACUCAAACGAAAACGUCGCAGUUUCGCAGCCAUCAAAUGGCCAUCAAACCCAUGUCGGAACGUGGGUUUGCAAAGAAGGUGAUAAAAUCAUCGGAUCGUUAAUAUUAUUCGCCUCUUUUCUUUCGUCUCUUUAUUUUUCGCCGCCGCGGCAAGUGAGCCGUGACUAAUGGAAUUCCACGGGGUUCCUCCGAGUCUGGAAGGUUUUUGAGCGGAGAAGGCGUGAACAAAGAAAGAAAGCGCUGCCGUUCCGUAAUGCUUACAAGGACACCUCUAACAGAAUCAGUUUCUGAAAAUUUGUCGAAAAUCACUUUUUUUUUCGAUAAAUAGCCAAAAAAUUAGUAAAAUCCCUAAAACGAGUUGCUUGCCCUUACAAUUUAACUUUUCAGAAACUGUCAAGACAACAGUGUUGAGCGGAAUUCCGACGUUGUGCAAAUUUUAUCAGCUGACAACUUUUUUAUAUCACCACUAGCAGCUGAAAUAUGAGGUCUUGAAUAAACAGCAUUGUGUCCAAGAAAAAGUGCACUCCUUUUGUCUCGGCCACAAAUUUUCCGUCCGUUAUCAGCUAGCGUAUACUUAACUUCUCGGUCAACUCGCCUCGUUUGAUAAGAGAAGCCUGUCUAAUGUUUUACAAAACGUUGAAAGAUAGGGUAAUUUCGCGCUGCUCGCCACCUUUUUUGCCUCGUUUACUCUAAUUCCCCUCUCGAAUGAGUCAUUCAUUCGACUGAAGGUUGAACAAACUGUUUCCGUACUUUGUUUGUCCUCAUUCAGACACAUCCUCACCACAAUUUCUCUUUUUUGCUUUCCGCUUUUUUCGUCGGUUUCCCAUCCAUUUUCCCGUAAAUAAUAUGAUUAUGGAAAUGUGAAAAUGAAAAUGAAAAUGGGCCAGUUUCCUAUUUUGCUGAUUUCCGAUGCCUUAUAAAGUUUGGGCCUAAAAAGUUCGCUGAAUUUUUCAUUUCCGGCUCUCCGUCUCAUCUCUCAUCCCACAAACUCAAUUAGCCGCCUCUCGCCGCCGUUUUUGCUCAUUUCCGGAUGGAUUUCCGAGUGAAUUCUCUCAAAAACUUUAAAUAAAACUAUAAUAUCGGAAAGGUGCAGGCUAUAGUCAAAAGGAAAGAAGGGGGAGAACGUCCGAAGCACAAACACUCACGCACAAAUAUCCGUUUUCCUUUCUCCUAAUUCGAAUUUUCUCCUUUUUCGCUCGCUCUCACUCAUCCAUGGUCUGACACGUAUCGGUUUCACAUUCCGGCCUCUUCUUCACUGCUCCACGUUCAUUCCAGCCGACGGGUCUCGCCACGAAAAUAUUGUUCGAUGCUGCGCCUUUAAAACCGUAAUGAACACACAUUUUUGUGAAAAGUUGUGUCAGAAACGUCACUUCCAGAGAUAAUAAAGCGAAAUGAUGUAAAUUUGAUAGAAAAAACCCGAAAAACAGCAACAAGCAUUUGGGGUACGGUAUUAAAGGCGCAGCACCAGAGUUUCGUGGCAAAAGUCGAUCAGCGAACAAAUCGCGCUCUACCGCUCAAGCCGUGGACGCGAAAAGAGUGCGAAAUUCGAAAUUUCACGAGAAAUUCACACAAGAAGUUGCGGAAAUUUGGAAUUUGCAUCAAUUGACUGAAAUUUGAGCUAUAGAGCGCAAUUGCUCCACUUAUGAAGGCACACUUUGAGCAUAAAAUGUGAUCCGGGUGUUCCAGAGCCGCCCCUCGCUUGGCCACCUUUUCCGCCUCCGUUCUAUUGUCCUCUUCUCUGUUUGCCUUCUCUUUUUCACCGCCAUUCCCUUCCGUUUUUGUGCUCAUUCACUCACUUUCCUCCCUCUUUCGCUUUCUCUCUCUCUCUCUCUCUCUCUCUCAUUCUCUUCAUAUCCAAAUGAGCUGUUUGGCUUUUUACUCUUUUUUCGCUCCUCUUCCGCAUUUCCAUUAUCCAUUCGCUUUUUGUUAUUUUUUUGGACAGACUCGACACAUUGAAAUUGUGAAAAAGAGUUCACGGUGCUGACAUCACAGAAUAUUCAGAAUCAUAUAAAUGUUUUGUAUUUUUUGCUCACUUUCGAGGUCUUACAGUAUUCAAAGAACCAAGUUUGAGAGUUUUUAUUAGAAAAAAUGCUCAUUUCCGCCCCCGCUGAACCCUUAAUUUGUGAUGUCUCCUCUUCUUCUUCUUCUUCUUCUUCUUCUCCGAAUGCAUUAAACAUCUUCCCCCUUUUUCUUUUUUUUUCUCCGCUUCUCAUGACGUGAACGAACCCAUCGGAUCGCUCAGAAUCUUCGGAUCCUUCGAGAAACCGUUCGCCGCCCACACAACUUUAUGGCCAUCAAAACGCCUCCGUUCCGCCCGUAUUUUUACGUUCGCAACUGCCCUCCGGCUGCUCUUAAAUAUUUAUGUUCCGCCCGUUUUCCUUCAUUUUCGCCCAUUUUUCCAUUUUUCCAUUUUUCUCUCGGCUUUUCCGAAGCGGACAAUAGAAGUUAAUCAUUGCAAAAAGGCUUUGUUUUGGCUCAAAAUUUCAAGCUCUUCGAGGUCGGAGUAUUCUAGGCCACCUAUGGAAUCCUAGGCCAUCUAACCAGAUUGGUUAGUCGAAGAAUUCAGUGUUCUAGGCCGCCUAGAUCAGCUGUUUGCAGUACUGAGAAAGCAAGCUGAAAUCCUAGGCCAGGUAGUCAGAUUUCUAGAUGUAAGAGUCGGAAUCGUGUCCUUCUUGUUGAGUUGUCUUUCUAGAUUUCUAGGCCAUCAAUCACAGCCCUCAGAUUGGAAACCUAGGCCACCUCGUCAAAUUCGUCGGCCAUCCGCCCACGCAGCUGAAACAUUGACGGGGGGAAAGCGCUCACAGCUGUGCUUAUACGGGGCCACCACACAAUUCUGCGCCUCCGUCGCUCGCUUUCCCAUUAUAUUUCGGCUCGUUUCCGAUAUAUUUAUGGCUUUCUCUCUCUCUCUCUUCCUCUUUUUGUCUUUCCGGCGCCGUUUUCAGUUGUGUGACGUUUCACUUCUCUUUGUUUCGCCUUUCAGAAAAGUUAAAAUCUUGAAGGUAACCCUCUGAGACUGAGUUCGAGUCCGAGUGAGGAAAGAGAGGAGGAGGAUUACAGUAUGCGGGUCAACGUGGCACGAGUGUGGGAGGACGCCGAUUAUGAGAAAGUGCGGGCUCUGUGCGAGCAGGACAGUGGAUGGGUUGAGGUGUACAAAAAGAAGGAUAUUGCGGUUUUCACGCAAGCCGUCGAGAACAGCAGCUAUCAGAUGAUUAGGGCGACCGCCGUGUUUCCCGAUGUGUCCGCCUCGGUCGCCUACGAUGUUCUUCACGAUUCGGCCUACCGAUCCAAGUGGGACAAGUACAUGAUCAAGCAGGAAUCGAUCGGACUCAUCAACCCGAACAACGACGUUUGCUACUAUUCCUGUAAGAAACUUGUGCCCCUCCUCCUACCACUAUAAACACUCUUUUCAGUGAAUUCUGUGCCGCCAAUCCGGCCACGCGAUUUCGUGAUGCAGAGAAGUUGGCUGGAGACCGAGAAGGACCGUCUCAUCUGUUCGCACUCAGUGUGCCACGAGGACUACCCGCCGGCGAAGGGAUGCAUUCGGGCGACCGUGCUGCUCUCUGGCUACCUGAUCAAGGAGAAGGAGCAAGGAUGCGAGGUCAUCUACAUCAGUCACUCGGAUCCGAAAGGAAAGUUGCCGACGUGGCUCGUCAACCGGGUCACCAAGGUGGUGGCUCCAAAAGUAAUCAAGAAGCUGCACAAAGCGUGCCUCGGGUAUCCGGAAUGGAAAGAGAAGCACCAUCCGAGCUGGAAGCCGUGGAGUGUUCCAGAACAACAGGUACUCCUCUCCUCACUCCGAGCUCCAACUCAACAAUUUCAAAACUUCAGAUGGAUUUGGCUCGAGUGGACUUGUUGAAAUGUCAGCCGAAGGUGUACGAUCAGGAGAUCAUCGACGAGUCGAACCUGUCGGCAAUGAGUAUCAGCACGAAGGACGACGAGGACGAGGAUUCGCUGAAGAACUGA